AUGUACUAUAUCACUGGACAGCUUACUGACAAGAGUAAUGUGUUCAGUUUUGGUGUUCUUCUUAUAGAACUACUUACUAGAAAGAAACCAUUUGUCCACAUGCCCGAAUAUUGUGGUGGUCUUGUUUCACAUUUCACCACUUUACUCACCGAAGCGAACUUCAUUGACAUAAUGGAUCAUCAAGCUAUGGAGGAGGAAAAUGGGGAAGUUCAAGAAGUAGCUGCACUAGCUGUAUUGUGUACUAAAAUGAAAGGAGAAGAUAGGCCUACAAUGAGGCAUGUGGAGAUGACACUUGAAAACUUAUUAGCUAAAAGGAAGCAUGUUCCAUGCCAUACAACACGAAGGAGAUACGACGAUGAUGGAAUUGUGGCUCAUUACAUGUGCAUUGAACAGGCUACUGAAGAAGCAAGCAGACAAUACACCAUGGAGGAAGAGAUAAUGCUGUCGUCGAGAAUUUUUGUUUCUCAUGUGCCACCGGGUGAUUACGACAACAUACCAAACAAGUCAUUUCGUAGUUUAUUUGCUCCACGAGCCACAGAAUUAAAUAUCAAGGACCAAUUUAAUGCCAUCACACGUGUUGUCCAGAGCGUCAUCCCGCGGGAGGCGCCGCGGGACGUCACCCUGGAAGCCAGCACGGGCGCCUCGCCGCGCAGCUGCGUCCUCUCCGUGGCGACGUCCGACCUGACCUUCACCCUGCACGCCUCGCCGUUCCGCUUCACCGUGUCCCGCCGCUCCAGCGGCGACGUCCUCUUCGACACCUCCGCGGCACUGGUGUUCAAGAACAGGUACCUAGAGCUGACCACGGCGCUGCCGGCGGACCGGGCGUCGCUGUACGGGCUGGGCGAGCACACGAAGCGCACGUUCCGGCUGCAGCGCAACGACACCUUCACGCUCUGGAACGCCGACAUCGCCGCCUCCAACGUGGACCUCAACCUCUACGGCUCCCACCCGUUCUACCUCGACGUGUGCCCCGCCGCCGGCGCCGCGCACGGCGUGCUCCUGCUCAACAGCAACGGCAUGGACGUCGAGUACGGCGGCUCGUACCUCACCUACAAGGUCAUUGGCGGCGUGCUCGACUUCUACUUCUUCACCGGCCCCGCCCCGCUCGACGUCGUCGACCACUACACCCAGCUCAUCGGCUGCCCGGCUCCCAUGCCGUACUGGUCAUUUGGGUUCCACCAGUGCAGGUACGGGUACAAGAACCUGGCUGACCUGGAGGGCGUGGUGGCCGGGUACGCCAAGGCCAGGAUCCCGCUGGAGGUGAUGUGGACGGACAUUGACUACAUGGACGCGUUCAAGGACUUCACGCUGGAUCCGGUGAACUUCCCGGGCGGCCCCAUGCGGCAGUUCGUCGACCGCCUUCACCGGAAUGGCCAGAAAUACGUCGUCGCCGCAAGGUGCUUUCUUUUUCGGUAA